CAUCUCUGUCUCUGCAGAUGAUAAACUUGACCUUUAGAUCAAUAUUUCUAUACAAGUCUUUAUUCUAAAAAGUGAUACCGCGCGAGACGCAUGCGUCGCGAAAAAAAUUAAAAAUACUGUUUAGUUUUGUUCGAUUUGAUGCACAACAAAAAAAUAUGAUUGGAGCCUUACUAAUUCUAGUCAUAGGUCUGCUGGUGCCAACACACGAGGAAUCCACGCCCAUCUCGCCAUGCCCCAACGUGUUCUCGUACGAACCCUCGGGCACCGAACAAGGACGGUGGUACGGGGUCGUGAACCUGUCCACAGACAGCACCCUCCACUCGCUGUGGUUGAAUGUAGUGCUGGAUAGCAAAGCAGACAUAUUGGGGAACUGGGUUGGAGAUGUCACAACCACAGACAACAUAGACUUUAAGAUUGAGAACACGAAAAUGAAAAUCCACCCAGGCCCUGCAGUGGCAGUUCGUUUCUUCGUGCAAUACAACGUACUUAACAAAGUGCCAAGGUUACGUGCUAUAAGACUGAAUGGGAGGGAGAUAUGUAACGCCGAUCAUCCUCAACCAGCUGUUGACACAGGUGAUGCUAUAAGGCCUGAUCCAACUUCGAUCUCCUCAAGGCCAGAAUCGAGACCUCAAUCCCGGCCAGAUACUCGACCAACUGGCGGCAGGCCCUCAGAAUCCCGACCAACCCAAAGACCAGACAGUAGACCAAAUGAGAGACCGUCAUCGUCAGAAUCAAGACCAGUCCAAAGACCGACGGAGAAAAGGCCUGUCGAUACUCAAACUAGGCCUACUAUUAUAAUCAGGCCAGAAGAUAAGCCUCAAACAAAACCUGUUUACGGAAGACCGUCGGGUGACGGACCAGUGUACGUACCCACCGCUAACCCUCCGUUAGACCAGAGCAACGUUAACCCAUACAGCAUUGGUGGUGGCCAGGUAUCGGCACAGAACGUUAACGACAGACGGACGACGUCCAACUACCAGCAGCAGCAGUUCACGCCGCGGCCGUCCUAUCCCACCAGACCGAAGGAUGAUGAUGAUGAUGACAGUCGACCAGAUCCUGAUGAGUACUGGUCGCCAGGCCCGGCCACCUUACCUUCCGUUGGAAAUUUCGGCAGCGGCAAUAAGAAGCAAUCUGAUCAGUGCGGUAUAGUGAUACGGAACAACCCGAACCCCUUGGUGGUGAACGGCAAGCCCACUUUGGAAGGACAGUGGCCGUGGCAAAUAGCUCUUUACCAAAUUCAGACGGUAGACAGCAAAUACAUCUGCGGCGGGACGCUGGUCUCGCACAAGCACGUGAUCACGGCGGCGCACUGCGUGACCCGCAAGAACUCCUCCAAACCCGUCAACAAAAACACUCUCACCAUCUAUCUGGGCAAGCACAACCUGAGGACUUCUGUGGAAGGCGUGGAGAUCAGAUUCGUGGCGGAGAUCACCGUUUAUCCAGAGUACAACAAGACUCCCUUCGCCAGGGAUCUGAGCAUCCUCAGAAUGCGGAAGUCAGUCGAGUACACCGAGUUUGUGAGGGCCGCUUGUCUUUGGCCUGACAACCAGGUGGCAUUGAACAAUGUUAUUGGCAAGAAAGGUUCCGUGGUAGGCUGGGGCUUCGACGACACAGGCGUGGCCACUGAGGAGCUGUCCCUGGUAGAGAUGCCAGUGGUGGACCAGGAGACGUGCAUCCGCUCCUACAGCGCCUUCUUCGACAAGUUCACCGACAGGGACUACACCUACUGCGCUGGAUAUAGGGAUGGAACAGAUGAUGAAAUAACCGGCACGAGAAAAAGUACAUCCGUCUGCAACGGCGACAGCGGUGGUGGGAUGGUGUUCCAGAUGCAAGGCAUCUGGUACCUCCGUGGUCUGGUUUCUCUAUCUGUGGCAAGACACAACGAGUACAGAUGUGACCCGACACACUACGUCGUAUUCACGGACCUUGCCAAAUUCUUGCCUUGGAUUAGAGAUCAUAUCAGUACCAACCUUUAGAAUUAGAGUUAGAAAUAAAAUAAGAAUUACUUACCUACUUAAUCAAGCAAAAAGCUUUUAUACGUUGACAAAAUGUUAUUAGUGUUGAAAAAAUGUUUGUCAAUUUUUUUAUGUAAUUUUUCGAAAAGGGGAAAAACAUGUUUAAAAUUAUGAAUUGUAGAAAAAAGUAUGAUAGAUAAAACGCGGCGCAAAUGAUUUGUAAAAAUAUUCCGAACUAAAGCAAACCUAUCCGGGAAGUUACGGACUGAUGCAAGCCCUACUGUUGUAAUGAAAAAUAAUAUAACGGUGACCGCAUAGACAGCAAGUUCACGUGAUGGCAAUAAAGUUUCUUCAUAUUUUGUCUUCCAACUGUGUCAAGAACAUUAUUAUUAUUAAUUUUUAAAGCACCAUAGCUGUCUUAUGCGAUCACCUUUAUGACUUUAGAAUCCUAUAAAUAUUUCCGUCCAAUUGGCACCUAGGUAUGCAAUAACAUAGUGUGAUAAUAGCCAUAUCAUUAUUGGGUAUAUCUUAGGACUUCAAUAUUAUUUAUUACACUGAGUAGUAUGUUAAACUACGCUCAACGAUACAAUCCGGAAUCCUUAAGGUCCUAGAAAUUGCUAAGUAAGCAGCCUUAUGCUUGGACAUUAAAACAAACAUGACGGCAGCGACUCCUAACGGCAAGACUUCGCAUUAAACGCGCGCAUACGCGUGUACAAUCAAUAAUAAUAGAAACAUGCUAACUGUGGAACCAACUCCCAUCGGCGGUGUUCCCACUAGAUCACAACAUGGGGUUAUUCAAAGGGCGGACCAACAAAUUCCUGAAAGACCCGCAACGCAUCGGCGGUACCUCUGGUGCUGCAAAUGUUCAUGGGCGGCGGUAAUCACUUAACAUCAGGUGACCCACCUGCUCGCUAUUUUAAUUUAAAAAAAAAAAAAAAAAAAACAAAAUACUCAACGGUGUUAGACACAAUAGUCAAUGGCGUCGUGCGUCGCUGCCGUCUUGCAUUGUCACUUACGAGGUAGUGUGCGACCCAAGCCGAAGCUUCAGCUGCAGCCACUUUCGGCCAAAAAACGACCUUCAGCCAAACCUUCGGCUUCGGUCAAAAUGGGCCGAAGUUUUGGCCGAAUAAACUUAUCUACGCUGGCUGUGAGUUUGUUACGGCAUUUUGAUUUUAGGAUACGAUCAAUAAAAAUACUGUUAAUAAUA